GAUUUCAGUUGAAAGAUGUGUUUUUGUGAGUGGAGCAUCAAGUAGAGCUGAGGACGGCUCCGUGUGCUCCCGGUAGAAGGCUUGCCAUGAUUCUGUCCUCCCAUAACACCAUCCAGUCGAUUUUCUGUUGCUGCUGCUGCUGUUCAGUACAGAAGCGACAAGUGAGAACACAAAUAAGCCUGAGCCAAGAUGAAGAACUUUCAGAAAAACACACUCAGCGUCGCAGAACGUGGCUUGGCGAGUUGUCAAGUAGGAAGCAAUCCAACAGGGCCUGCGUGCAGCCUUCGAAACGCAAGCCGCUGCCUCCCCUCCCGCCUUCGGACGUGGCUGAAGAGAAGAUCCAAGUCAAGGCUCUUUAUGAUUUUCUGCCCAGAGAACCCUGUAAUUUAGCUUUAAAGAGAUCAGAAGAAUACUUGAUAUUGGAAAAAUAUAAUCCUCACUGGUGGAAAGCAAGAGACCGUAUGGGAAAUGAAGGCUUAAUCCCAAGCAACUACGUGACUGAAAACAAGAUAACCAAUUUAGAAAUUUAUGAGUGGUACCAUAGAAAUAUUACCAGAAACCAGGCAGAACAUCUAUUAAGACAAGAGUCUAAAGAAGGUGCAUUUAUUGUCAGAGAUUCAAGUCAUUUGGGAUCCUACACAAUUUCCGUGUUUGUAAGAGCUAGAAGAGGUACAGAGGCUGCAAUAAAACAUUACCAGAUAAAAAGGAACGACUCAGGACAGUGGUAUGUGGCUGAAAGACACCUGUUUCAAUCAAUCCCUGAGUUGAUCUGGUAUCACCAGCACAACGCGGCCGGUCUCAUGACCCGUCUCCGAUAUCCAGUUGGGCUGAUGGGCAGUUGUUUACCAGCCACAGCUGGUUUUAGCUAUGAAAAAUGGGAGAUAGAUCCAUCUGAGUUGGCUUUUAUAAAGGAGAUUGGAAGUGGCCAGUUUGGGGUGGUCCAUUUAGGAGAAUGGCGAGCACAUAUCCGGGUAGCCAUUAAGGCCAUCAAUGAAGGCUCCAUGUCUGAAGAGGAUUUCAUUGAAGAGGCUAAAGUGAUGAUGAAACUAUCUCAUUCAAAGCUAGUUCAGCUCUAUGGGGUGUGUACCCAGCAGAAGCCCCUUUACAUCGUGACGGAGUUCAUGGAAAACGGCUGCCUGCUUAACCAUCUCAGGGAGAGAAGAGGGAGGCUGAGCCAGGGAGAGCUCCUGAGCAUGUGCCAGGACGUCUGUGAAGGAAUGGAAGUUCUGGAAAGAAACCGCUAUAUUCAUAGGGAUUUGGCGGCAAGGAAUUGUUUGGUCAGCUCUACAUGCAUAGUAAAAAUUUCAGACUUUGGAAUGACGAGGUACGUUUUGGAUGAUGAAUAUAUCAGUUCUUCUGGAGCCAAGUUCCCAAUCAAGUGGUCUCCUCCUGAAGUUUUCCAUUUCAACAAGUACAGCAGUAAAUCUGACGUCUGGUCGUUUGGAGUUUUAAUGUGGGAAAUUUUUACAGAAGGAAAAAUGCCUUUUGAAAAUCAGUCAAAUUUGCAAGUGGUGGAAGCCAUUUCUAAAGGAUUCAGGCUGUAUCGGCCUCACCUGGCACCGAUGUCCAUCUAUGAAAUCAUGUACAGCUGCUGGCAUGAGAAACCUAAUGGCCGCCCUACAUUUGCUGAGCUGCUGAAGACUCUCACCGAGAUUGCAGAAACCUGGUGACCUGAAACGGAACCAGAGGGUCAUCUUGCAAGAUUGUCACAAAAGGAAGUCCUGUGUGGGGUCACGGAUGGUGAACAUCUUUCUUUAGAGUUGCUGAUUCUUAAAACUAGUGCAAAGAUUAUGGGCUUUUAAAACUUUUUAUAGGACUAUUCUAACAAUGUGAGAGGGACUUCCAAACUCUUAUUUUUCUGUAAUAUAUUUCACAUCCCAUAUGUGAAGAAGGGAAAAGGCUCUGCGGCAGCUUCCAGAGUGGCGGCUUUUCCUGAGAACAGCUCCAAGAGCCUUGAGGGGGCAUGAAGAGCUGAUCCUUCACAAGGCUGAGGAAAUUUCCUUCUUGAAAGGGAGUGACAGUCAUCAUUUCAGUGGUGCAUUGAAGAGGAAAAUAAAUUCUGUCACCUCAUGGGACAAAGAAGCCUCCCCUGAAGACUUUCAAGCCUUUGAGCUGUAUCGAUCUUUAUAGAAAAUGGCUGUUGUAAAUGAUACAAAUGUGAGCAUUCUGGAAAUGUCUUUUAUAAUCUUCUCAUGUGUUAUUUAAUACAUUAUUUUUGUACAUAUUUGAUUAUUUUGGAAACCAUUUCUUGCAUUGCAGUUUUAAGCACUUACAGGGGAGAUCCAAAGUUCCUCUUUGAACAGGUCCUGGUGACCUUUCUAUUUCCAGGGAUAUCCACUAUCAAGAAAAUUCAGAAUCUGAUUUCAGUUCUGAGAUUUUAUACUUCGUACACGUGGGACUGGACAAUUGAAUAGUCCUUAUUUUGUCACAGUACGUGUCUCCUCCUCUUAUCAGGAAGAGGACUUGUUCUUUUUAAAAGAGGAGACAAAACCAAGAUAUCCUAGAGUAACAUCCAGAUCUAUUAAUCCUGAAGUCCAAGAUUUUGAAUUCAAGAUGAAACAACCAGCAAUCACAGUAAAACUUAAUUUUGCAUGCUCAGAAACUGAUCUUUAUCACUCUGAGUGCUUCAGAAAUACCGUAGGAAGAAAGGUUUUGCAGAAAGCACAAAUGUGAUUUCCACGGUUUAACGUUCUUUGCACAUUAUCCCACCCUGCUUCACUGCUCGGGAGGAACUUGCGUUAUGAUCCUCACUAGUCUGAGUCUAAGUUGCUGGUUGUCAGUCACUGUGACUUUCAAAUCAUAAUUUCCCUGCCCCAGGAAUGAAAUUUUUCAAUAUCAAUGACACUCAAUAAAUGUUCAUUAUUUCUAAUCAGUAUGAUGCCCAAGAAGAGAUUUGGUAAUUGAGGUGGGGGGCUCAGAAGCAUUUGCAUGAGAUGCUGUGCUGUUUCCAAGACUAUCACACUCCUUCUCUCGUGACUGAUGCUACGGUGAGGAGCAACAGAGCCUCAUAUUACUGAGACUUUAAUUCACAUAAGAUAUGUGGAGUCUAGCUCAAGAGGGCAUGAGACUAUUAAAUAACAAAAGCUGAGGGAGGAGAGGUUAAUGUUAUGACAUAGGAAUCAUGGGUAGUCAGGUGACUUUCUGCUGUUGCUAAACUUAGAAGUCUCUAGUCCCUCCAAAAAGGAAAAAAGAAAGAGAACUCAAACCCUGGAAAGCCAGGACUGAUCACAGAGCAUUUGUGAUCCUAUGUAUGUACAGAGCAGACAGUGACCCCAGAGGUAGAUCAUUCUAGGGGUCAGUACCUGGUCAUAGCUGGGGCUUCUCAUGCCAUGGCGUGGUAGGCAAGCUCUACUCCUGUUUUUUUAAUACUUCAGGAAAGUUUGAGGUACCAAAUUAAGAGCAAAAAUAAUUGGAGCCAUGUUCUAGGUAACAAAGACUCCAAAUACUGUGUGAAUUUUGAAAGUCUAUGGAAAGAGAGUCACCACUCUCUGUCUAGGUAAGGGAAAAAAAAUUAUUAAAGAGGAAGUCACACAACUUCUCCUGGAAGAGAGCUAAGUUAUGCAAACAGUAUUGAUACUAGUUAUUGAUAUCAGGUCUCUGUGGGUAGUUUGAAGUAAGACAGUACAAUAUUUAAACAGCUAUGCGUAAGAAAUGAACAGGUUUAAAAACCAACAAUCCCAUACAUCAAUGGGGAAGAGAGAUGAAUAGAAUCUUCUCCAAAGAUGACAGACGAAUGGCCAAAAAACGUAUGAAAAAAUGCUCAUCAUCCCUAAUUAUUAGAGAAAUGCAAAUCAAAACCACCCCGAGAUAUUAUCUAACCCCAGCAAGAAUGGCCUAUAUCACAAAAUUGCAAAGCUGCAGAUGCUGGCGCAGAUGUGGAGAGAAAGGAACAUUUUUACACUGCUGGUGGGACUGUAAACUAAUACAACCUUUUUGGAAGGAAGUUUGGAAAACCUCAAAGAACUCAACCUAGACCUCCUGUUUGAUCUUGCCAUCCCAUUACUGGGCAUCUAUCUAGGAAAAAAAGCCUUUCAUUAUAAAGACACUUGUACUAGGCUGUUUGUCACAGCCCAAUUUACAAUUGCUAAAAUGUGUAAACAACCUAAAUGUCCUUCAACCCAGGAAUGGAUUGGUAAGCUGUGGUAUAUGUAUACCAUGGAAUGUUAUUCAGCUAUUAAAAAAAAAAAAUGGAGAUUGGGUGGUGCCUGUGGCUCAGUCGGUAAGGCGCCGGCCCCAUAUACCGAGGGUGGCGGGUUCAAACCCGGCCCCGGCUGAACUGCAACCAAAAAAUAGAUGGGUGUUGUGGCGGGCGCCUGUAGUCCCAGCUACUCGGGAGGCUGAGGCAAGAGAAUCGCUUAAGCUCAGGAGCUGGAGGUUGCUGUGAGCUGUGUGAUGCAACGGCACUCUACCCCAGGGCCAUAAAGUGACACUCUGUCUCUACAAAAAAAAAAAAAAAUGGAGAUUUUUCAGCAUUUGUACUAACCUGGAUGGAGGUGGAACACAUAAUUCUUAGUGAAGCAUCACAGAAAUGGAGAAGUCUGAAUCCUAUGUAUUCAACUUUGAUAUGAGGACAAUUAAUGACAAUUAAUGACACAGUGGGGCAUGGGGGAAGGGGAGACCAGACAGAGAAGGAGGGAGUCGGUGAGGAAAAGGAAAAGAAGAAGAAAAAAAAAGACAAGAAAAGAAAAUAGUGACUAAUUCUCACAUAAAUUGGAUUUAAUUUUGACCAAAGUAUAUUACUUAAACAUUAAUUUUUAAUUCAACUUGUUAAUAUGUUGUCUGGGUUAUGCCAUGCUCAUUUAUAAGUGAAAUAUGUUUGUAAUUUCCCCUUUAUAAUAAUAUAUUCUGUCCAAUUUUAAUAUUAGGUGUAUCCAGAUCAAGUAGAAUGAUUUUGAAGUAUUUCUUCUUUUUCUAUUGUCUAUAAGAUUUGGCAUGAUCUGUUUUUUUGAAAUUAUCUUAUACUUUUAUUUAUAAAUAUUAGUUGUCUAUUUUUUGAGACUUUAAAAACAUAAUAAUAAGAAGUUAAUUGAUGACUCCAUACUGAAUCUCAGAGUCAAAGCAUUCAACAAUAGACAUACUCUUAUUUGACAUUGUGAAUGUUACUUUCUUUGCAUUAUUAUUAUUAUUGCUUAAUAUUUCGAUGCGGCAAUUCUCUGAUUUCUUUUCUGAAUGUAUUUAUGUUUGUUCAUUCUUUACGAGGUUUUUGUUUCUAGUUCUUAUCUUAAACGUUAUUAUCGUUAUUAAAUUUUAAGCCUCUUUAAUUUUGUGAAGGCAAAAAAUGGAAACCUAAUAAACACAUGUAUAUGUAAAAAUAAAAAUAAAUAAAUAAAUAAAAAGAAAUGAA